GAAGGCACUACUAAAAUGCUAACCAUGAAUGUUUCUUCUGUUAGUAAUUGCUGUCUGAUGGCUGAACAAAAAUCAAAUCCAGUAUGGCAGCAUUUCACCGAGCCAACUCCAGGGAAAGCCAGGUGCAAUAUCUGCAAUGGACUGGUGAGCUUGGGAGCUGAAAAAGGUAUAAAGAAAAACACCACAAAUUUGUGGAGUCAUCUGCGGUGUCACCACCUCCAGGCUUACAAAGAUGCACAGAAAGAAAAAGAAGAAGCAGCUGCCUCUACACCCAAUGUAUCUCAGCCAACUCUAACAGAAAUGUUUGAUGCCCAACGUAAAUGGCAGAAUUCAGAUCUCAGGUCAAAAAAACUUGACACUUUAAUUCUGGAAAUGAUUGCCACAGACAAUCAGCCAUUUACAUUUGUCUCAGGUAUUGGUUUUCGGAGGCUGGUGGCUGCAAUGGAGCCCAGAUACAACCUAAAAACUGAGAAGCACUACCGCACAGACAUCCUAGAUGGUAUAGUUGCAAAAGUUGAGAAGAAAAUAAAAGCACUGAUUGCAGAGGAUGCUGGUCCUUUUUUGUCUUUCACGACAGACUGUUGGUCGGGGGACACUGAAGCACUGAUGAGUCUAACAUGUCAUUUCAUUGAUGACAACUGGGAAAGGAAACAAGUCGUCCUAAAUGCCAAGGCCAUGUCUGGCUCCCACACUGGGGAGUACAUCAGCAACAUGUUCAUCAGCCUGCUGAAGUACUGGGACAUCAGCCACGACAGGGUUGUACUUGUGCUCCGUGACAGUGGUGCUAACAUGGUUAAAGGCCUCAGACUGGCAGAAAUACCUGAUCUCAGCUGCACCGCACACACCAUACAGCUUAUUGUGACUGAUGGCAUCAACAGUCAGCGAGCAGUGCUGGACGUUAAUGCCAAGUUAAAGAACAUAGCUAAACAUUUCAACCACUCUGUGCUCGCAAAGCAGAAUCUGAAAAAAAUUCAAAAAGAACUUGGCCUCCCCCAGCACAGUAUCAUUCAGUCUGAACCCACUCGCUGGAAUUCCACGCUCCACAUGAUGCAGAGGAUGCUGGAGCAGAAACGAGCACUCAAUAUCUAUGCUGGAGAAUAUGGAAAAAUUGCUACUCCAGCUGCAGAUCAAUGGGACACAGUUUCCAAUUUGAUUGACACGUUGGAACCUGUUGAGGAAGUCACCCUCGAGAUCAGCAGGUCAGAGGCUUCCAUCUCCAGUGUCAUCCCAAGCAUUGCUGUGCUGAAGAUGGUGCUUCAGGCAGAGGGUCCUAACACAAGGGGGAUUAAAACACUAAGAGAAACCAUGCUGCAAAGCUUGCAGAAAAGGUUUGCAAGGAUGGAGGAGACAAAAUGUUUGGUGCUUGCGACACUGCUGGACCCCCGUUAUAAGGGUCAUGUCUUUUUUGCAGUGGACACACUGACCAAGGCAAAACAAUGGAUAAAAGAAGAGCAUGCCAUUGUGUCUGAGCAACUGAAAACAGCCACCACUGAAGACCAAGGAUCAGACCCGAAACAGAGAAGGGUGGAAGAUGAAAAAUUACCUGGUCCCUCCAGUGUUCUUGAACAAAUGUAUGCAAAUAUCUUGGGGCCUCAUGGAAUUCCUACUCAGGAGAGUGAUGAUGAGCAUCGCAUAUCUGAGCAGCUGGAUCAGUACCUUCGUGAGCCACUGAUUGAAAGACAGACCGGUCAGCCACUGGAAUGGUGGAAACAGAAUACAUCCCGCCUACACCUUCUUGCACCACUGUCAAGGAAAUUCCUCUGUCCACCCCCCUCCUCUGUUCCCAGCGAGAGAGUAUUCAGUGAGAUUGGGAAUAUUUAUGACAACAAGAGGAGCCGCUUCACAGGAGAACAUGCAGAACAGUUGUGUUUCCUGCAUAACAACCUCCCGUUCUUAAACUGGGAGUACUGAGAACUUUCAGUGAAAGAUGGGUAUAGUGAGGAAGAUUCAAGGACUG